AUGCCCUCGCCCACCGACGACGAAACUCCAUUCCCUGCGCUGAGCCACGCCGCGGGCCUCAAUGCGCUGGACCGCUCGCACCUGUCGCCGCACGAUGCCUUCACGUACCCGCUGCGACAGCCGUACGAUGGCGACGGGCCGGCCGAUCCGCUGUCCCAUCUGAGGCACCUCAAGGACGACCGCAGCAGGAGCCGGCGCCGCAAGAGGGCGUGGAAGAAGCUCAUGUGGGUGAAGCAGUCAUAUCCGGACAACUAUACCGAUCAGGCGACGUUUCUCGAGAACCUGCAGCGAAACCCUCGGCUCAAGCCCUACGACUUCUGGCCGCUGGUGGCCGACUCCACGGUGAUUUUGCAGCACGUGUGCUCCGUCAUCCUCUUCAUCGUCUGCUUCGUGGGCAUCUUCCAUGGGCGAGUCUCGCCCGUGUCCCUCGUCAGCGGGAGCAGCUUCACUACUUUUCUGGGCUGGAUCCUCUGGGAGAGAUGGGUCUCGGAGGAGGAGGACAAGGAGGACGAAGUGACCGCGGGCGGCGUUGCUGCCUCUGCGACCAAGACGGAGAGCAUCCGACGACGAGCCCGCGCGGCUAGCAUUCGUCGACCGAUUAUUACACCCCGUUCCAUUUCUACCACGUCGAGUCGUCCGACGUCAGAGUCCUCUUCUUCGCGGCCGUCUGCGGGAAACUCGACGAUUAAUAUUAAGGUUCAGAUCCCAGAUAACGAGCAGAUAAGGGCAACCAUCAUUCCGUCUCCCUCUUCCACCACCUCUCCGACUUCGCCCACAUCGCCGCUAGCUAGCUCGGACGUGAUGCCCGACUCUCCAUCAAUACCAAACGAGGCGAACCGCCUACACCAGCGCCUUGGCACAAUUAAAUCAGCUUUGCUGAUCUACUGCACGCUCCUCGGGCUCAGCCCCAUUCUUAAAUCUCUCACCCAGUCCACCUCGAGCGACAGCAUCUGGGCCAUGUCUCUCUGGCUACUGGCCAUCAACAUCUUCUUCUUUGACUACUCUGGCGGCGUCGGGACCAAAUUCCCUGCGUCGCUGUCCACAAAUGCAGCCCUAAUGGCCUCGACCGUGCUAGCAAGUCGCCUACCUUCCACCAAGCAGGUGUUUUGCCUGACGCUUUUCAGCAUUGAAGUGUUUGGUCUGUUUCCUGUGUUUAGGCGAUAUGUCCAGCACCGCAACUUCAGGCAGCAUGUGAUUCUAACCGUGCUGCUGAUACUUGGGGCGGGAUGGGGCGUGGGGGUCGUGAUAGCUGAGCCGAAGCCUGACUGUUGGCCGUGGAAGCGCGGUAUCGGAGGCAUGGUGGUGUCUGUUCUUAUUGCUGGUAUAGCGACGGGCGGAUGCAGCUGGUGGCUGAUUGGGCUGCAGAGGUAUAAGAACGAGAUUCGGGGGCCUUGGGAUCCUGCGAGACCUAUUAUUAUGAGCCGGCAGCGUUGGGACGAUGAUCGAUGA